AUGACAACAAAAUCAGAACCAACAAAAUCUACACUCACAGUUAUAAUUGAUAAUUAUGAUUCAUUUACAUGGAACAUCUAUCAAUACAUUUCAGAACUUGGUGCCGAAGUUCAAGUUUUCAGAAAUGAUCAGAUUACCGUCGAACAGAUCAAAGCGCUUAAUCCAAAAAAUAUAAUAAUCUCUCCUGGUCCGGGUGCUCCGUCAUCCAAUGUAGGAAUUUCUCGGGAUGCUAUUUUAGCCUUUGCCGGAAAUAUUCCAAUAUUAGGUGUUUGUCUUGGUGAACAAUGUAUUUUUGAAGUAUUCGGUGGUAAGGUCGAUUAUGCUGGUGAAAUUGUUCAUGGGAAAACCUCAACUAUAAAGCACGAUGGUAAAGGAAUUUAUAUAGACGUACCGAAUGAAAUUGUUGUGACUC